CAGAUCAGCCCUGUAAUGGUCUCUGGUUAUCAGCUGCUGUUCGCCUCCUUUAAGUGGCAAUGUUACCUUAUAACCAUGUUCCCUCCAGUGCCAGCAGAGAGGCUGCAGCCGUGGUAACACUGUGGCUUAGCUGCUAGCUCCAGCCUGUUUGCAGUAAAGCGCUGGGACAGCCACCCCUUUGGCUCCUAGGUGUGUGUGUGGGUGGAGGGGGUUUACAUGGAAUCAUUAGCUGCCCAGGAAGAGGUCUAAAUCUGACCAGCUCUGCCUGCCAGGAGGGGGGAAAAAAGGCAUCUGCCCUACUUCAAACAAAUCACCACUAGGAGUGGAUUAUUUUUAUUGGCUGGAAUCAAGAAGGUGGGGGGGAAAUUGGACCUUGAAAAAUAACAUCACCUUUAAUCGUAAUACAACCAUCUCUCUGGAGAGAUGAAGAAGUUUUUUGACUCUCGUCGAGAGCAGGGCGGUUCUGGCCCUGGCUCUGGUACCAGUGGAGGAAGCGGCAGUAACACGGUGGCAGGGAGUGGGUACAUCGGCAGGGUGUUCCAUAUUGGGAGAUACCAGGUGACGGUGGAUGAAGUGCUGGCUGAAGGUGGAUUUGCUAUCGUGUUUCUGGUGAGGACUAACAAUGGGAUGAAAUGUGCCCUGAAACGAAUGUACGUCAACAAUGAGCACGAUUUGCAAGUCUGCAAAAGAGAGAUUCAGAUCAUGAGGGAUCUAUCCGGACACAAGAACAUUGUUGGAUACAUUGAUUCUAGUAUAAACUCUGUGAGCAGUGGUGAUGUGUGGGAAGUCUUGAUUCUAAUGGACUUUUGCCGAGGAGGCCAGGUGGUGAACCUGAUGAACCAACGCUUGCAGACAGGAUUCACAGAGAAUGAGGUCUUGCAGAUCUUUUGCGACACCUGUGAAGCGGUAGCCAGGUUGCACCAGUGUAAAACGCCUAUAAUCCACAGGGAUCUGAAGGUUGAAAAUAUCCUGCUCCAUGAUCGUGGCCAUUAUGUUCUGUGUGACUUCGGAAGUGCCACCAACAAAUUCCAGAACCCUCAAACCGAAGGAGUGAAUGCAGUAGAAGAGGAGAUCAAGAAGUACACGACACUGUCCUAUAGAGCACCAGAAAUGGUCAACCUGUAUAGCGGCAAACUUAUUACUACAAAAGCAGAUAUAUGGGCCCUCGGUUGUUUACUGUACAAAUUGUGUUACUUUACUUUACCGUUUGGGGAGAGUCAGGUGGCAAUUUGUGAUGGAAACUUCACCAUUCCAGACAACUCUCGCUACUCCCAAGACAUGCACUGUCUCAUACGGUAUAUGCUUGAACCAGACCCUGACAAGAGACCUGAUAUUUACCAGGUCUCCUACUUCGCAUUCAAGUUAACAAAGAGGGAGUGCCCCGUCCCAAAUGUACAGAAUUCUCCGCUGCCUGCUAAGCUCCCAGAACCAGUGAAAGCUAGUGAAGCAGCUGCAAAAAAGAGCCAACCAAAGGCCAGGCUGACUGACCCCAUUCCUCCAAUGGAAACAUCCAUAGCUCCACGUCAGAGACCUAAAGCAGGACAGACACAACCCAACCCUGGAAUUCUGCCUAUUCAGCCAGCCCUCACCCCUAGAAAGAGGCCCACAGCCCAAGCAGUCAUCCAACCACAAGCGGCAGGCCCUGCUGCUUUGGGUAGUGGCCAGCCGUCCCUUCCUGCAAGCGUUCAGCAGCCUAAAGCACCACAGCCUGCCCCUCAGCCCCAGCCCAAGCAGCCGCCCGCUCCUCAGCAGACCCCAGUAGCCCCGUCGCCAGUCCCUUCUACUCAGCCGCAGGCCACCCCUCCGCAUCAGCAGCAGCUCUUCCUGAAGCAGCAGCUGCUGCAGCAGCAACAGCAGAUGAUGCAAGCCCAGCAGCCGUGGCUCUCCAUGUCGGUCACGGUGCCGCAGUACCAAGCGAUGCCGCAGCCAGCGGCGUCGCCGUUUCCAGUGAUCCAGCAGGGGGCGCCGGCGCAGCAGCAACUGAUGCAGAGCUAUUACCAGCAGCAGCUGAUUGCGCAGCAGGCGGCCAUGCAGCAGAAGACGGCGGCUCCGCUCAAGCAACAGGCUCCAAUGCCGCCCCAGCCGCAGGCUGCCACUCAGCCAGCACCUGGGCAGGAGCAAGUGAAGCAGACCCAGAUAAGGCAACAGCAAAAGCCUCAAACAACACCGCCGUCAGCUGUCCAGGGGCAAAAGCUGGGCUCCCUCACCCCUCCCUCCUCCCCCAAGACUCAGCGCGCGGGACAUAGGAGGAUUCUGAGCGACGUGACGCACAGCGCAGUUUUCGGGGUCCCGGUCAGCAAAUCUACCCAGCUCCUGCAGGCGGCUGCUGCUGAGGCCAGUCUCAACAAGUCCAAGUCUGCAUCCACAACACCGUCCGGCUCCCCUAGGACCUCGCAGCAGAAUGUCUACAACCCACCGGACGUCUCCACGUGGAAUCCGUUUGAUGACGAUAACUUCUCCAAACUCACGGCGGAGGAGCUGCUGAACAAGGACUUUGCAAAACUGAGUGACGGUAAACCUCCAGAAAAGCUUGGUAGCUCCACAGAGAACUUGAUUCCAGGCUUUCAGCCAGCUCCAUCGACAACACAGGCAGAUGCUUUCACUUCCUCUUCCUUUACAGCCGGAUCAGCUGAAAAAACAAAAGACAUUCUGAGUCUGGACACUAGCCCUCCGCUUCUGGCUAUGCCUGAUCCUUUCAUUCCUCUUCCAUUAUCCGACACACCAGAAAAACUGAUUGAGGGUCUCAAAUCUCCUGAGACUGCGCUUCUGCUCCCUGAUAUCCUGCCUCUAGCUGACCCCUUCGGUUGCACCUCUGAUGCUGUGAAUGGAAAAGAUGACCUAGCUGUUGAGAGUCUCAUACCUGGCCUUGAGGCUCCAGUGCCCCAGCACCUCGCCUCCCAGACCGACUCAGUUGCUUCCAACAGAACAGAUUCUCUCACUGGGGAAGAUUCUCUACUUGACUGUUCUCUGCUUUCUAACCCCGCUGCUGACCUCUUGGAUGAGUUUGCUCCUAUAGCUAUUUCAGCUCAAGCGCACAAAGAAGAUACUAAUCUGAUAUCAGGCUUUGAUGUUCCUGAGGGCUCUGCAAAGGUGGCAGAAGAUGAGUUUGACCCUAUCCCAGUGUUGAUAUCCAAAAAUUCACAAGGUUUGCAGAGGGAACAAGCUGUAUAUCCUGACCUAACCACUGAGCACAGUAAACUGUCUGCUGCUACCGAUGUACUUCCUCUGUACAAAGGCCAGCCUGAGAUGCUCGAAGCGAAAACUCAGCACAAUUCGGAAUCUGAUUACUUCACAAGAGGUGGGCCUUCAAGCAACAGUUCCUUCCACAGCAGUGAGGGAGAGGGGACAGACCAUGAGGUGGACAUCUUGGAUUGUAGUGGGUCCAGGCCUUUACUUAUGGACUCAGAAGAAGAAGAGGAGUCCAGUAAAUUGCAAUCCACACUCAAGGAAAAAUGUACGGCUUCCAAAGAAGAUUCCAAGCCCCAGCCUUCCCAGAGCGGGAUGGGGAAAGCUCUGUUUACAGCCUUUCAGCAGCACUCCGGAGAGAUUUUCAAUGAGCCAGAUGUCUUUGCCACGGCUCCUUUCCGAAGCUCAAGAAUAGUGCAUGAUGAGCUGGACAUCUUUACCAAAGCUCCCUUCAUCUCCAAGAGCAAUGCGUCUGUCAGGCAUCCAGAAGAGGCAGACGUAUUCCUACGUGCCCCUUUCACAAAAAAGAAAAGCUUGGAAGAGUUGACUUCUCAUAAUGUUUCUAAGGAGCCUCACACUCCAGCCUCUUUCCUAGGUCAAACUGGUGAUGUCCAACAUGUAGAUAACUUCAAGUUCCAAAACUUGGAUACAGGAACAUGCGGAUUGUCUGUCUCAUCUAGCGCUCAGUACUCCAGGGUAGGGUUUAUUCAGCCAGCCAACCUUCCGUCUCAUUCCAUAAGACCAGCAGAGACCCAAGAAGGCAUUCCUCCCAAAGGUGCAUUUAAAGAUCAUGGUUGCAUUCCUAAUGAUAAAAACCAAGGACAUGCACUCCCCCAAGAAGCCGUCUUGGGUUCAAUGGUUAGUAAGCCUUUCCGUCCACAGUCUCUAUCAAAGUAUUCCCGUCACUACAGUCCGGAAGAUGGGCAGGGUCUGGAAGUCCAACCCAUAGCAGCAUACAAAGUGGUUUCUCAGACCAACAAACAGGCUAUCGCAGGAUCUGUCUCUAUUGCUUCUCUGUCUUCCAGGACUAAAGAGCUACCCACCAUUGACCCAUUUGCUUCAGCACCCUUUCCUUCCAAAUCGGGAAAGCAAAAGCCUUAAACAGUCUGAGAGAAAUGGGGGGUGUGCAUGUCUCACAGGACCUUCAAUCUCUUAGUCGAAACAAGCAACAUAGCAAUAUUUUUUUCUUUGUUCAAAACUCCAGUUGCGGUGAUACUUAGUUAAGCCAUUUUAAGUUAUGUUAGAUAGUUUCAGGAUAUUGAAUGCCAGGCUCUCGAGGUUUUCCCCAUCCUUUUUGAGUUGCUGUUUUUACCCAAUACUUUUUUAGAUUCUUAUUUAAACCAGUAAUACUCCAUACUUUCUGGCUUCAGUGGGGGGAAAUCCAGUGGGGAUAAAAUGAAUUACCACUGAUACUAGCAUACAGUUAGGAUGCUAGAGCAAAUCAAUCAGGACAAGCUAAUGCUCUGGAGAAGAAAUGAGUUUGAAGUAGAAAGGUUGUCAUGAUUCUCUCCCCCGCCCCACCUCUUACCAAGGGGAAUUCUGCAAGAGACCAAAGGACAACUCUUCCCAACUGUUAAUCAAUGUCAUCACAAAACCAGGAGCUGUAGAUUGGGAACUUGAUGAACAGUGUGUGUGUGUGUGUGUGUGUAUCAUAUGCACGUGGAGUAAAAUUGACACGUGCCACUAGUCUGCCACAAGACCUCUGCACCAUAGAAGACCUGUUUUAAGUAUUGCAUAGGCCUUCUGUUGGCCUUCUUGCCUAUAGGCAGGUUUUACUCAUUGCAGAUGUAAUAGGCAAUUUUCACUGUCUGCAGGUGUAAUACAUGAAAAUGUAUCUCUUUCUAUGGACCUGAUCCAAAACCUGUUGAAGUCAAUGGAAGGACUUCAAUGAGCUUUGGAUCAGCUCUUUGGGAUCAGGUACGUAUGGCUGGAAGUAUCGGCAUAGCAAUCUUUCAGACACAUUCUUCCCGUCACAUUUGGCUACACUCCAGAAAUACCAUGAUCCUACUGUGUUACUAAGGAAAAGAACAGUCGCUUAGUAUUUAUAAUAUAAUUUAAAAUGUUAGUGUAUCACACUUGAGUUUAGGGGAAAAUGUAGUUGUUUAGUGUGGAAGUUCAUUGCGAUAUUUGUCAUGUGUUACUGUUGGUGGCUGAGCAGGAGUACAGUUGACCUCUUUAGGAAUUGUUAGUCUCACCGUGUGCCUUUUCACAAAGGAAGGAAAAAGGCAAGUAUCCUUAAUUAAUAAGUGUCCAUGUUUAAUGGGAAGUACCAGGUAGCAAAGCAGUCCCUGCCAAAUCUGUUUGUUUUUCAAGCUAUUUCACCCACGAAAACACUUCUAAAUGUCGGACUAUAGGGAUGCUUUUGGCUGCUGAUUGUUAAUAGUGGUGUCCUUUUCUUAAAUGCCUGGUGUAUCCAGAGAAGCCACUCUCCUAGUGGACAUCCUAGAAGAGGGCGAUCUCGGGAAGGUCUCCAUGACUCUCAUUUUCUAAAGGCCUGAUCCAAUGCCUAUUUGAAGUCAAUGGAGACAGUCCUGUUGACGCCAGUAGUCUUUGAGCUGGCUCUUAAAAGCGUAGCUAUGACUUUGUUUCCAAUUUAAUUUGACAACUGAAUAAAAAUGACCUAGAGCUUUGCACUGAAAAUGAAGGGAAAAUUCUGCCCUUGGUUACACUCUCAACAUCUCCUUGAAUUCUCUGGCCUUGCAUGGGGGAAAAUCUUAAGACAGCGUUGGUUUGCCGAGGUUUUAAAAGUUUGUAAAUAGAUGGUGUGGGACUGGUGUUAGGUUCUGCCAUCUUACAAGAUAGACAGGUCCUCCGAGAAACUGUUAGCUUUAUUGAACAGAGUAUGUAGCGGGGGGUUCUCCUCUCUCACUGGUGUCAAUCAGUGUGUGACUUGUAAAUCCAGCAGAGUCUCACAAGUGUGAAGCUGGUGUAAAUGAGGGUAGAAUCGGGUCCAGUCAUUUAAACACAAGACUUUCCAGUCUCAUGGGAAACUGCUUUGCAAGAACUCAGACCUAUGACUUUUGAGCUGCCAGGUGCCCAAAUAGCUGUUCAAGGAACAUAAAAGGUACAUUGAAACUACAUAUCAGCAGAUCUUUGCUAUGCAAAGCAAAACAUUUAGUCCUAUGGCUCACUGUUAACAUAACAGCCAGGGAGGGAGAAUUAGAACAAACUUGUCUGCCACCAAAUGGGAGAGGAUUAAUGAAACACAAUUCCUCUUCCCCUGCCCAACCCACACUGCAGUCAGAAUGACACGAGCCACAUUUUGCUGGUGGACUGGUGCAGCUCUGACUUCAGCGGGGCUGUACGAAAGUAACCAAGGGUAAAGAACUUGACCUGAUGUGCUUAAUACUCAGGUAGGGGAGGGAAGAAUACUUGAAAAUAAGGAGCGUAGAUUGCUGGCGGUCGGUGACAUGGUUAGUCUAGCUGAGGUUUAGAGCCUUUUUUUAAAAGGUGGGCAACUUCCUGCUGCUUGUCUGUUGUGUUUCAAGUUAGGGUCUGCCUAGGAAAAACCACAGCUACAAAAUCUGUCAGCCGUCCUAGAAAAUGGAUGUACUGUAGGCCCGUUUCUGAGUUUCUUGGAUGUAACAUUUCCCCCCAACUAAACUGAGGAUAUAGUUUGUGUGUGGGUGGCUUGGUGGUUCGUUUGUUUUUAAAAAUAACUUAUCAAAUGCGUUACUGCUGGAAUAGAUGAAUGCAGAAUGCCUGGAACACUGCGAUGUCAGACUGUGAAAUACAAGGCAUACAGAUGAGGCUUAGCAUUCGGGCGCGAAUUCAUCCCUGCACUUUUGCAAUCCCCUGUUAUGGUCCUUUGUGGAACCCGGAGACAGAACUUUGCCCUGAACUGUGAACUUCACUUGGCGAGGUAGUGGAGGGAAGGAAGGAGAAAUGUAGGUACUAUGGGCCUGAGUCUGGUGUAAAUGAGGAGCCACUCCAUGGCAGUAAAUAGUUACACCAGCGUAAAUGGGAUGAGAACUGGACCCAUUGUAGCUGAUAACUGGAUUCCCAAACCUAGGUUCUUUAUUUUAUGGGUGUGUCAUAUUUUUUUUUUUUACUUGAAAAAGUUACUACAGAGCUCUGUUGCCCUAAUGUCUGUUACUUGGAAAGCUUGACCUUUUGUGAAAAGUACUGAUGGAAAAGUAUGAGCAAAUCCUUCUUCAAACUCCUGCUAGGAUCCAGCUCUUUGCUUUCUUGCCAAUUAGUGUCCGUAAGGAAGACCGGAGUUACCGGUAAGUCAGAUGUAGCUAUCUUACACUGCCAGGCAGGAUAGAAAGGGAGAAUGGGAAAUGUACAGUAGUUUGGACAGCUGAGAGUAUUUUCCUCAAUUUCUUUACUUAGGUUUGUUAUGGAUUGAAUUUUCCAACCAGGAUGUUGGCAGUUGACAUCUCAUUCCUCAAGCACUUUUUAUGAAAAGCAAGUUAAAAUUGUACGCAAACUAACAAUCCUGCUAGUAAACCCAACAGGUGAAUAGUUUUAACUAUGUACAGGAGCGCUCUGUUCAGAUGAGUUCAUUUUGCUCAGUCUACCAACCACUGGAAUUUUGGUUAUGAUCAGAAAACUCUGAAAAUUGCAUCUUGUUGCCCUACUAAUCUGAUUUUUCCAGAUCAACUCAUUCCCCCCCACGCACACCUCUCAAGUUGCCAGCACGACAACCUCAACCUGAUCAAUUAACAAUGGAGUUGUGAUCCCCCUGUAUCCUCUAAGGUUCACUGUUUUAAAUGCACGUGGCAGAAUGUACUAUGGAGCUUCUGGGUUUUUUUGGCAACCCUGAUUUCAUAAGGCUUUGACUUUUUUACUGGUCAGUAGACAGAGCGCUACACAAUCCAAAUGUGACCAUUUAAAUCACUUUUCUGAAUGUACGCACAACUUAAAAAAAAAAAAAAAGUUUGAUUACAUUUCUUAUUUCUGCCACUUCCCAGUAGCCAGUAAAAUUGCAGCAAUCAGUUUUCAGUUUUGGCUCUGGCCAAAAAUGUUAAAGAUCCCUUUUCAGAAGCAACCAAGGCCCGUUGAAUUUCAAGGGCCUUAGGCUCCUAAGCUACGUGGGCACUUUUGAGAAUAGUGCCCUUUCCAGUCUUGCAACUGGAUCAAUGCAGACUGUGCCUGCCCAGAAUCCCAUCAUGGUCACUGUUUUAGGGGGUCACCUGCACAAAACAAGGUCUUGGUGAACUUCCUGGUUGGCUUUAAGCAAUUGGCAGAGCAAGGAGCUCUUUCUAAGCUCUGCAACUCAGUGGAUGUCCCUAUUUGACUUUCUAGGAAGGAGGAGAAAACUCCUCUCUUCAUGACAGCAGCAGCAGCAGCAGGAUGAGGGGAGGUCAUUUUUGUUCUGAUUCUCCUUCCUCCCUCUCCCCUGCCCACCUUGACUUUAACCAAACUACAAAUGUCGUACCACAAAUCACAUAAGGUUUCUCCUGGUUGACCCCCGCCCCCUUUCCAAAUGCACUCACAGAACUCCAAAUAUCAUUUCAUGCUGCUGUGUAGACAAGUACCAAUCAGUCCUGUGACAAUCUUCAGCUUCUGUAAUUCUCAACUGUGGAUGUGGUGGCGUCGUUUCCCAGCUCGCUGCUAAUUUAAAUUUGAAUUUGGUUAAACCCUUUGUUUUGGAAAGGAUUAAUCAGAGCUUCUGCACACGCAGAUUUAAGCCAGGCAAUCAGCUCAGCUCUGUGCAUCUCACUCCCCAUGCAUUUUUACAAUGAUCAUAGCCAUAAGAGCUGCUUUCGUACUAGUCAGCAUCUUCUUUAUCUUAUUGCUCUGCUUCCAAGACAUGUAACUGCAUCUGCUCUCCCUUCCAACCAGCUCAGUACUAUACUAUAUGUGAUUAAGUGUUGAGUUUACAAUCUUAUUCUCUUGAAGCCAGCGUGCACUCAAUCCGCAAUCUACAAUAUGCAUGGAGCACACAGAAGAUCCUAAACUUGCAAGAAACCCAUGUAAUCAAUCCUGAAACACUGUAGCGGGGCAUGUUUUCAGCUACAUUUAAUAUACCAAGUUUAUACUGAGUGGGCUCUCUAUAACUGUGAGACUUUCAAUCACUCCAAAGUUGGGAUCGGGUACAUUAACUCAGCUUCCACCAAAGAUUGUCCUGUUGGAGAGUUGGUUAUUGUUUGGGGUUUUUAUUUAAAUCAAGGCCUCUUUAGGACACCCAAAGACUCCAAAGUAUUUUCACCGUGUAAUCUUUUAUUCUGCUUUUGAAACACAUUCCUGAAUUAUGAUGAGCUGUGGUGGUGAUCCUACUAAACCACAGCCUUUCGUUUUUGUGUUGUGUACUGUAAAUGUUCUACUGUUAUAAUAAAUCUAGACGUGCCACCUGUGAAAAUAGAGGGGUAAUCACAGAUUACUCUCCCCCCGCCCCCAAAAAGAGAGAAAAUUAGAAAAAGGGAUUCAUAAUCUUAUGCAGGUAUAGGGAGGGUAGAUUUAUGUUCUGGGUGAAGAAGCCUGAUGAGGAAAUAUCCUGUGGAUCUGAAUGAGGCAGAUUCCACUAAGCAUUGACGAAGAUAGCGAAAGACAUUCCUAAUGUGACGUUCAAAAAGGCAGCGAAGUCUUUCUUAAGGAACAGAGAGCCUGAGUUGGACAUGUCAGAUAACUGGGAAUACAAUCUGCAUGUCACUGUAGGCUGUGUAUUGUGAGACCAGAGCUUCAUUCAAAUCCCAUUUUUAUUAGGGUGAAAUCGGCAUGGUGUUGGAAAUACCUCGGACUUGCAGACUACGGGAGUCCUGUUGCACUCCAGGUGUGAUUCCGCUAUGUUGCUGAUAGUCUUGAUGGAGAAAUGUUAGAGCUGUAAACUUAUGUCCAUUUUAUUAAAAACCUUAUCUGAAUAAAAUGUACCUUCCCUG